GCGAUAUUCAGUCUCAGUGUGCGGAUCGUUGUACCCGCUUGUCGUUUCCACGUUCACUCGUUUCCCCGGCAGAUCUUCGAAACGUUCGACCUAUCUUUUUUUUUUUUUACUUUUUUUUUCCAAAUUUUGCUUCUCAAUACGGCGUAACCAACGCGUGAACGCGUGAAAAAACAAUGUCGGCUAUAUAUAAGAAAUCGGUUCAAACGAUUGGCAAGUGCGUGCCCGAGAAGUUCCAGCCACUGUGGAAUCACCCAGCUGGUCCGCAGACUAUAUUCUUCUGGGCACCAGCUUUUAAAUGGGGGCUUGUAAUAGCUGGCCUCGGUGAUCUGCAGAGGCCAGCAAAUCAACUCUCCGUUAGCCAAUCAUCUGCCUUGGCCGUUACGGGUGUAAUUUGGACUAGGUAUUCCUUAGCAAUUACGCCGAAAAACUGGAGCCUUUUUAGCGUAAACCUCUUCGUCGCAAUAACAUCUAUCUACCAAGUUACUAGAGCAUUAAAGUAUCAACGUGAACACCCAGCGGAAGCAGCAAUAUCGAUGGAGAGGAAAUAGUGAAUAUAUUCGAGUAAUACACAUUCCUAGGGAUAAAAAUACUUAAUAUAGAUAAUUAGAAUAUUAGGACAAGCUUGCAGGGCGAGCGACUUUCAACCAUUGCGUAAUGUUUAAUAAAAAAGAAUUCACGCUUAAAUGAGAACAACACAAAUUCAUAGUAUUUAUUGGACAUCAACUCUCAGUGGUUUUGAAAGUUCCAAGUAGUGAAAAUUGUAAAUAUUUAAAUUCAAGUACACGUACACAUCGCCAUACAACAAAAUACAUCGAAUGUUAAAACAAUCAUCAAUACACUAAAAACAAGUAAUUAAAAAAAAAAAAAUAAGCAAUCAUGAAAAUUCUAAAAGCAAGCAAUCACAAAAACCCUAUAAACCAGCAAUAACAUAAAUACAAAAAAAUAAGCAAUUGUAAAUCAGGAAUAUAGAAAAUAUGAAUGUAAUAGUUAGUAAAAAUUCUCACACCAAAACUCAGGAAACUGAAGACACCACAGAACUCUAGAACACCGAUACUCAGAAAACCUGAAACACCAUAAAUAGUUCAUUGACACUCAGGAAUCAUGAAACACCAACAGUAGCACUCUAAUAUAUAAGAAGCUUUGACACACACAAUUUGGAAAUAUGAUGCAUCAAAAUCAAAACCUUAUCAUUAAGGAAACUGCAAUCUCUAAAACUAGCAAAAUGUUCGUGCCAAACUGUGAUAUCGAACGUAAGGUGCUAUUCGUACCUUUAUUCCACCUAGCAAUGUAUAAAUUCUAAAUCCAUUAGCAAUGUAUAAAUUCUAAAUAGAAUAAGUACAAAUAUCGACAAAAUAUAUAGUAUGACUCCAAAAAUUCAGUACAACAUCUAAUGCCAUAUAUAUAUUAUAAACCAAGACACCAAUGAUAGUACACCAGUCUGUAGGUAUAACAUAUUAGACUUAGGUACAUUUGUUCAUGUACAAAUCUACCUCGAAGUAAUAACUUACACUGCUCGUUGUAACGAUUCGCAACACUGAUGCUGAAGAAGUCGAAGAAGUGGGAAAUGUACAAAUCGCAUACUGAGUUCGAUAAUGUUAUAACUGCCUUGUAUAGAUUUAAUAAAGUAAUAUAUUUUUCUAUAAA